AGAAGACUGCCUGCACGUUAACAUGGAUGUAAACAAAGCAGGUUUCAAACUUUUAAGCAAAAUCGACUUGAAUGUUUAAUGAGGGAGGAAAUAUAUUCAACAUGUUUACUAGAACUCAAGGAUUCACACACGAAUCGUCAUGAAUCGUGUGUUUUGUCCUGCAGUGGCGGAUGGCAGCAGCGCAAACAUCUGAGGAGGCUGUUAGUGUCAAAGAAAAGCUGACGGAAACACAAAGAGCUUCUGCCAACAACAAAUCCCUCUGUAGCUUUGGGACUCAAAGACGGAUGAUAAAGCGCAUAUACCGACUGUAAGCGAUCCAGGAGCAACUUUGCCGCUGUCUAUUUUUUUUUUUUUGGUGCAGAUCUUCAGUCAGCACCUGACCGCCUCUUCAACAUCUUCAGGCUUUCAGCAUCUAAUAUGAUCCGCACACGAUCUGAUUGCAUCUCAGUGAUGGACUAAAGGUGUGAGGAGGAAGAGAGAGUGAGGCGGGGGGAGGUCUGCAUGAGGUUUUCCUUCCUUGAAGAACAGAAGGAGCUGCAGGAACAUCGAACCCGAUGUGAUGUUUUUGAUAAGGAUUUCCUGCCAGUUUGGAUUCUGAUUUUGGUGUUUUGCUUUUCCUCAGCUGUGUCUCUGAGUGGAUUUUAAGGACCAAGAGAAACCAGUACAGUAAGCCUUAUAGUUGAGAGAUUUUCAUACCUCUCUGCUGCCUGUCCUGUUGUGGUUUUGUCCCCGCUGGGAAAGCAGCAUGGCUCUGUCCCAGGACCAGCUGUCAGACUGGAGCUCAGUCCAGCCCAGCUUCUCUCCACUGCUGCAGUAUGAUGGCUCUCAGGAAAGACUCAACCACACCUACAGCUUUCACAGCUCUAUAAUGCUGCCCUCCACUUUCAGCUCACCCACUGCCCCCCACCAUCAACCUCUGCCCUCUCUGCUGCCCUCCUCCCUCAUUCCUUAUUCCUCCCUCAUCUCCUCCCCUUUAUUCUCCACCACCUCGACGUCUUCCUUUCUACAAACAUCCACUUUUGUCUACCAACCGUCCUCCUUUCCUUUGUCCCUGACCACCUUUUCUUCUAACGACUUGGCAGACCUGGAGAGCAUGCUGCUCUGGACUCUACACGAGCCUGGCACAAUCGCUCUGACAAUCAUGUACUGUCUGUCUUUCAUUUUGGGAUUUGUUGGGAAUUUAAUGUCCCUGCGCGUCCUCACCAACAGGCGGAGCCGGCGGUUGGCUACUGUCAGCGCCACGCGCAGUCUCCUGGUGAACCUGGCGGUGUGUGACCUGGCUGUGGUGUGUGUGUGUAUGCCCAUCACCCUGGGAAGCCAGAUCUACACUGCCUGGGUCUACGGUGACCUCCUGUGUCGAGCUGUGCCCUUCACGCAGGCUGUUUCGGUCUCAGCCAGUGUGUUAACGCUGACGGUGAUCAGUGUGAAUCGCUAUUACAGUGUUCGAUCACCACUGCGAGCUCGCUCUAUGUUUACCCGCCGUCGAAUCUUGGCGACCAUGGCCAUGGUGUGGACAGUGUCUUCGAUCAUGUGCGCUCCUAUUGCAGUGAUGAACCGGCGACGGGAGAUCAGCUUUGGGACAUUUGCCAUCUUGGUCUGUCAGGAGGACUGGCCUCAGCAUCGCCUUAAACAGGGAUACAAUGUGCUGCUGUUUGUGAUGCUCUACUGCCUGCCGGUGACCUUUAACCUUACCAUAGGCUUCCUAACCGGCAGGCGGCUUUGGGGAGGGAAGAAAUCCACUUUCGCUGAUCUUGAUCCUCGCAGCCAAGCUCUGCAUGCCUCGCGCCUCAAGACGCGCCAGAAGAUCGCAAAGAUGGUGGUGUGUCUGGUGCUGCUGUUCGCAGUGUCCUGGCUGCCGCUCUACUUGGCUGACCUUUGGAUCGACUGCGAGCAAAGGCCACCAUCUUGGCUCCUGCAGACGCGGCCAUUUGCCCAGUGGCUGGGCCUGACCAACUCCAGCCUUAACCCUAUCUGUUACUGUUUCAUAGGGGAUCUGUAUCGCUCAGCAAAGGUGAUACGGACGCGAUACUACCAGAAAGUCGCCGCUCUCUUCGGCUCCUCCUCAUUCUCCAGCUCAGCUGCAGUGGUGUCUCCUGUCGCAGUGAUUACAGACACCAAAGUGAUUGCUGCUGAGCGCCACCAUAUUGCUGCUGCUGCUGUGGCAGCGUCUGCAUCCAUUGUUACAAUCCCCAGGCUGUUGAGCCUGGCCAGAGUCCAGGGACUGGGGCAGAAGGUCGGAGACAGUUCAGACAGCCGAGCAGGAUCCGACCACAGUAUCUCAGACUGGUGUCGGUCCAGUCCCAGUGUGUGUGACAGCUCCUUGAUCCCCUGCCAGCUCCACACACUCCAGCACUCCAUACAAAGAGCAGACUUCCUGCCUACAAGAAGACACUCUGUGAAUGAGAACGCUGCACCAUUACCUUUAAGAAUCGAGUCUGUGGAAAUAGACGUGCUGCCUUUGAGGAGACAUUCAGGGGACAGAAUAUAUGGUCUGUCAGCUGAUAAGAGACACAUCAUUACCAUGGGCAGAGACGCUCUCUGUUACACUGGGCAGCACAGAAGCAAAACAUCACAAACCUACUCUCUGGUAGGAGACAGGGAGGAUGAAACAACCGAAAUGACCAGCCUGUGAAAGCUGCAGAUUAUCUGAUAUAUCAGCAGGGAGGAUUUUUUUUUGUCACAUACAGCUCCUGAGUCGCAGUUUGCAGGUGACAUUGUGGGUUAAUCUCUUGCCAAAGUCAUUGUUUGUUUUGAGGCGAAACUGACCUGGACUAUACACUCUCCUUUUUUCUCUGUGUAAUACUGUCUUUGUUUUAUCAAAAGCACUGGGGAUUCAGAUAUUUGCACCGACGAGAUCGGAUUUUUGAAGGCAGACGGAGGGAGCAGUGAUGGAGUGAACCCUGCAGGGGAAGAGUUGGAGUAUUAUUCAGCCCAGGGCUAGAAAGUCAGUUAUUAGUACGAAGGAUGGAUUGCAGCAGUGUGCCAUCACAUGCAAGUCAUAUCAUAAGUGAUUCAGCUACUAGUCACAGUUGUAUCUAACAUCUGCCCAAGACAAUAACCCAGCAGGAUGUAACUGUAUGAUAAUAUUUUUGCUUAGAUUCUUUUCUUUCUUUCUUAUUGCUUUGCUAAUGGUUUCAAUUGUAUUUGUUGCUCAAAGAAAAGGUCAAACCCAUUCUUACAGUGCAAUGUGGGAACAUACUGUAUCACACACAGAUACAGUAUGCGUAUAGAGUUUCUGACAGUUCUAGAGGAUAAUAUCAGCAUCAAUGUCUGCAGUCUGUGAAAGAUACUUGCGGUAGCAUCAGUUGUUCAUGUGUGCUGUCAUACAGGUGAUUUGCAAGGAAUAUGAGAUAUACAGUAUAUGAAGCAGAAAAUCAAAAACGCAGAAUACGGUGAAUGGUUUUGUUUUGCACAUAAUAACUCUGUGAUAUUGCUAUUAGGUAUGAAAUAACUUUUCAGGUUCAUCAGAUUUUUGAAAGCUAGACCAGGUCAUCUGAAAUAAGCUCAAAACAAGCAGGGUAACUUAACUGAGAGGAAAUUUAAAGGGUCAGUUCACCCAAAUAACAAAAAAAAAAAUAUAUAUUACAUAUAACAACAUAUUUUCUCACAUAGCUUAAGUGGUUUCUAACCAUGAAGAUAGUUAGGUUUAAUCGGUUUAAUUUACCCUGAUGUUGAGAUAACCAUUUCUGACUUUUCUGAUGUCACUCCCAUAUGUCAAUUUGGUGAAUGAAAUUUUGUUGCUCACAGGAUUUAAUAAUUACAUUAAAAAAAAUUCCACUGCAAUGUGUCUUUCCAGAAUCAGUGUCCUAGCCUCAUAAUCAGACUGAAUUGCCAUUUCAUUUUCACCUCAUUAUUCAGUCUGACACUGUUUUCAAAUUAGCCAUUUACUCUUUGGUGGCGGUCCUGCCGAUGUCAUUUUCAGGCAACAGUGUGUGGUUGCAAGGAGCAGUUAACGUUUUUCAUACUGAUUGAAGAAAUAUGCCACCUUAGGGUGUCCUGUGGAACAAAGUCACGUUUACAUUCAUGAGACACAAACAAAAUGUGGACCCAUUCACAAACAUUGCUCCAUAGCGCUGCUAGUGGUCAAAAACUUCACAGAGUGUGAUUUGGGUGAGCUGACCUUUAAAAAAACGUGUUUAUUGAUAAUAUCACAUUGACUGUACUGUGAAUAGCUACAGAAAAGUCGAAGAGUAUAUCAGUUUUAAUAUUUGAUAACAGUAUAACAGUUUUCGCCCAACCAGAGACACUGCCUGUUAAACCAGCACAUGCCUUGUUGUGUAAAGGACUGAAACAGGGUGCCGAAAUAGCCUUAAAGGUUAAAGAAAUAAAACACACACACACACAUACACACAUGCAUGCACACGGACAACAAAAUCUAAUCUACCCUCAGGCUGCUUUCAGUUGUGUGCAAGACAGAGGUGGUGAAUAGCAUGAACUGCUGUGACAUCAAGCUGCUAAUCACACUCUUGUCCUUGCAGCAAAAGUGAAGUGGUGCAACACUCAAGGCAUCAAACUGUGUUGAAACUGUUCUAUUUAUGUCAUUGGAUAAGGUUGCUUUGUACCUUAGAAAAUCUCAGUGCCAUUAUGCUGUGACUGUCUUUCAUUUCUCCUCUCUUUACUUUCAUCUACCUCUCUCUUUCUCAGUUUUGCACUGUUAAUGGAGGGUAUGUGUACAAAAUAAUGUGCAUUUGGUGUUUCAUUAAAAAAGCAAAGACUUUGUCUGUGGUCACCU